AUGGAGCCCAGGCCCUUGGCUUCGGCCUUCGAAAGUCCCACUUUUGGGGAAGACAGUUCGUUCCAUGUGGAGCAGCCCGUCGGUUCCAUGUCCAUAUCUCCAUGUGGAAGAGAUGUUGUGUUGGCUUCGAAGGAAGGCCUGCAUGUCAUUGACUUGGAUUCCCCGUAUUCUCCUCCUCGGUAUCUUCCUCAUCACACGCCAUGGGAAGUCGCAGACGUCCAGUGGUCUCCUUUCGCUGCGCGGGACUAUUGGGUAGUGAGCACUUCCAACCAGAAGGCCUUGGUAUGGAAUCUGGCAAUGCAGACGGGGGAGAAUUCUAUCGAACAUGUCCUGCAUGCUCAUACGCGAGCUAUCACGGAUAUCAAUUUCUCCGCUCACCAUCCCGACCUUUUGGCAACAUGUGCUGUGGACAGUUUUGUUCAUUGCUGGGAUCUGCGAACCCCUUCCAAGCCUGCCAUCUCAUUCUCCGACUGGUUCGCUGGUGCAACGCAAGUCAAAUGGAACAGACAGGACCCAAAUGUCAUCGCCAGUUCUCAUGACAAAUUUCUCCGAAUAUGGGAUACGAGAAUGGGAGCCUACCCGAUCAAAUCCAUUGAGGCCCAUGAUACUAAGAUUUACGGGGUAGACUGGAACAGAGUCAGGCCGGGAGCUUUGGUAACAUGUUCAUUGGAUAAGACAAUUAAGUUUUGGGACUACACGGUAGACGAUGAAGUACCCGAGAAGGUCAUAACCACUCCAUUCCCAGUAUGGCGGGCACGCAAUACCCCAUUCGGAUGGGGAGUUUUGGCAAUGCCACAGAGAGGCAACAGCGACCUUCAUCUAUAUAGUCGCAGGUCAGGUGACGGUACCAACCUCACAGAGAACCUUCCACUGGUGCACAGUUUUCCGGGACAUAAAGGCCAAGUGAAGGAAUUCCUUUGGAGAGCACGUGGAGGUGUGACGGAUGGAAUCGAUUACAGGGAGUUUCAGCUUGUGUCGUGGGGCACCGAUAGGGAGCUUCGUCUACAUCGAGUGGAUCCGGAUAUUCUCCAACGUGUCGGCUACGAGAGAGGGAAGUCUUUCGUUUCCACGUUGAACGUCACACGGCAAGGCGCUGUCUACAAGACUUUCCGCGAUGCAACGGGCGAGGAUGGAUAUGGUGAACCCGAUUCUAUUCUAUCACCCAACCCUAAGCUUGCUGGUGGUAUCGGUAUUAAUACAAUAUCUGUUCCUUACUCUCGCCCAUGGACUCAAGGAGGCAACGCAGACUCUAGAGUCGGUAUGCAAAGAAGGUCGAACUUCCGCGCUGAUACAAACCCCAUAUCCUGGAUGCGUGGUGUGAAGAUCUCGGGAUGGGAUAUUGAAACCCUGGGAGACGAGAUAACACAUGUUGGAGAGAAGUUCACCAAGGUUGCUUUCGAAUCUGUGGAUGUUAGGCAACGAAAAGCAACAAUAUCCCUGCAUGGGCCAUGGGGUGCAGAGGGUGAUUCUCUGUUUCUCAAAGUGGACAUCAAAUUCCCAGUUGACUAUCCCAAGACUUCAAUGCCGACUUUCAGUGUGCAGCGGACUGCCGCUGUCACCGACCAGCUUGCUGAUAAGCUGAUAAGCGAGCUGAGAACGAUCGCAGAAACCUAUUUGUCUCAUAAGAGAGGCUGUCUCGAAGGCGUUGUCCGUUACCUUUUAGGGGAAAGCAACCUAGAGGAGAGCAUAGCUCACGUACUGGGCGAGACAGCCGAGACAAUCAAGUCUCCUAUAAAUGGCGACCUUGGAGACGACGAAUCCAGCGAUGAAGAUGAAGUGGGAAUGUCCCAGAGUCAAGAACUGGGCCUGAGUUCUGAGCUACUUCGUCCGGUUAAUAAUGCUAAUGUAAUGGUUCCCGUGGCCAAGGCAUGCGGUGCGCUCUGGACCAAUGAUGGCCGACUAGUGUGUUUCUUUCCUAACAAGAAAGACAAGUCAUCAAGCUUGAUCGAGAAUUUGGGACUCAAAGAGAUGUCGAGACUAUCAAGAGCAGAUAAAGUCUUUGAAGGAUUCGGUCGUAUCCAAACAAGCUCCCCCGGACCGAAAAUCAGUGGCACACUGGCGAGCACGGAUGAUGGUACCUCGGAAUAUUCCGAUGAUUCGGAUGCUGAGACUUCAAGUUCGUCAGGUUCGUCAGACAUGUUGUCAGGCUUGCAAGCGCGAUUCCCGACAUCUCAAACAUGGCGCAGCGCCGGAAGUUUGGGUAUUUAUCGGCCCAGGUCCACCGACCACUCGCAGCGAUCAACUGCUGGGGCGAUGACUGCGAAGUCGUCCGAGUCUGCGCAAAAUAUAAUAUCUAUACAUGAUUUCAGCGAUCUGUUACCAGCAAAGCGUGAAUUGGCCCGAAGAUAUCGCAUCUGUGGCAAGGUUACUGAUGUAUGUGCUCACAAUGCUUCGGCAGCCCUAGAUCUGGGCUAUCAUGAACUAGCUCGGAUCUGGGGACUGGUCAAGCUGAUUUUGCAUAAUCAGAGCAUGACCGAAAGACCCUCGCGUAUACAGCGGAAGGACAGUGCAGUGGAUUUGAGCUUCGAUCUGAGUAAUCAGGAGCAGAGCCGUAAGGAGUUAGCAAACAGCGCCACUCAAUGGGGAGAUCACCCCUAUGGUGGCCGUUGGCUAAUACCGUCUCUGCUUGAUCAUUUCGAAAGGAUUGGUGAUGUGCAGAUGAUCGCAAUGCUCUCCUGCGUGCUUCAACAGCCAAAAAGCGAAGAGAUCUCAAACGAAGCAACCCAGUAUAAUGAACCGGUAUCAAAUCGGAUGGGGCGGCAAUCAUUUUCUCUGGAUAUCUUUCCUACUCAGGCAGCCAGUCAGAACAAGUCGCAGGCCGUGACCCCCCUUGCGUCCACACCGAAGGAAGGCCAUCCAACACCGAUCACCCAAAGCUCUGGGCGAUCAUCUUCCGAGAUCUGGCGUGCGGACUCUACGCCGCCAUAUUCGACUGGCACCACUCCGCCGUUGGCAUCUCGCGUAGGUGCGCUAAAUGCAGAAAGGAAGACUGUGAGCCACAAUGUUUCGAUAGCCGCUUCUCCCGAUCAGCAGUCCCAGCCGCGAAGCGGGUCAGGAUUUGGUUCCGCCCUGGCCUCUUCCUUCUCGCGGUCUUUCACCUUUGGCCCUUCGUCAGCCUCCCCCACAGCAGUUCCCUCAGGCCAGAAAAAGCAAAGUCCUAGUGGCAGUCUGAUUACCAGUGCUUUUGCUGGCAAGCCUGCGACGGCAGUUCCCGACUUUCUCACGACCUCGGCUGCGCUUACAUCUCAACCCCACUCUGACACCGAGAGCGAGAGGCCUCAAGAGAAUCCGAAGCCGCAGGCAAAAUUCAAGGUUGUCUUGAAGAAUCAAGAUGAGUUUGACGGCGGAAGAAGCAACCAGACCCCGAUGCUUGACCCGCGUAAAGAAGGGCUGUACAAAGCCUACCGCACGGCGUACGCUCAUUUGCUUUCGAUCUGGGGACUUCCAGUGCAGCACAGCGAAGUACUCAAAAUCGGCACAGCCGGGGGUCGCUCUGAUGAACUACGCUCACGGAAAAGGAGCCACAACAAUAUGGAUGUGUCAUUGAUUGUUCCGAGUCGUAGCCACAAGGACGCUCGACUUAUAGACGUUGAUAGGGAAGAUCGGGGACUUGGCCUUCAGCGGCACUGCAUCAAAUGCGGCCAAGCCCUUCAGAUGUCUAUCUUUGCGCCCAACGCUAUUGAGGAAAACGUCAAGAACCACCUGAACAUGAGUCCUGCAAAUGUUACCUGCCAGAAUUGCAAACCCCUUCGACCAUUGUUUCUCAAGCUUCCUUGUGUGAUAUGUGGCGAAGUGGUUGAAGGAAUGCUUGUCCCAUGCCUAAGGUGCGGCCAUGUUACCUGCUUUGACUGCCAUAGGAGUUGGUUCUCGGUGUCUUUAUCUGUGGCACAGCGGGAUGAAACUGACAUCCCAGCGAACGGGAUUAAUGAGGAGCAGGAACUUCAGCUUUGUCCCAGCGGCUGCGGGUGUCAUUGCUCUGAGCAUAUUGGCACAGAUAUCCCGACACCGUUGGAACCGUCAACUCCAGCGCAUGAGAGGGAUGUUUCACCAACAAGCACCCGUCUCAAACAGUCUGAGCUGCCAGCACGACCGAGCGAGUUGUCCUCUAGUGUGGGCCAGCAUGAAGACGACCUCCUUGGACAUUGGCAAGAAUCACCAUUCGCAUCCCUCGCCCGUGGGCUCGGAGGAGGUCUCAGUCGAGGUCUUCGUGUGAAAGAAGAUCGGCGAAGACCAAGACCCUACAGCACCGCGUUCAUUCCGAAAAAGUCGUCGAUGAACCAAGUGGAAAAGGUGACAUGA